AGCUCAGGGCUUUACCUCUGUCGUCAUUUUUUGUUGUUCUUUUAAAAGCUGGGGAAACUCCAGGCCACCUCCGUGUCCUGGCCUGGGCUGGGAAGGGUGUCGGUCCCUCCUCCUCACUCCCUCCUCCCAGAAGCCCACCAUGGACAGCAAGGACGAGGUCAGCGACACGGACAGCGGCAUCAUCCUGCAGUCAGGCCCCGACAGCCCGGUGUCCCCCGCGAAGGAGCUGACCCACGCCGUGCGGAAGCAGCAGCGGGCCCUGGAGGAGCGGCUGGAGGCCUGCCUGGAGGAGCUGAGGAGGCUCUGCCUGCGGGAAGCGGAGUUGACGGGCAUCCUGCCAGCGGAGUUCCCCCUCAAACCCGGGGAGAAGGCCCCCAAGGUCCGCCGCAGGAUCGGAGCUGCUUAUAAACUGGACGAGUGGUCCCUGCACAGGGAGGACCCGCUCAGCGGCCUGGAGCGCCAGCUGGCCCUCCAGCUGCAGAUCGCCGAGGCGGCGCGGCGCCUGUGCCGCGAGGGGAACCUGGGCCGCCAGGUGCGCCGGCAGCGCCAGCACGCGGUGCGCCUGGAGGAGGAGAAGCUGCGGCAGCUGCAGCGGUGCCUGGGGGAGCGACGGGGAACCCCGCGCGGCGCGGCGUCCGGCCCAGCAGGCAGACAGCUCAGCGCCUCGGAUGACAGCUCCCUGUCGGACGGGCUGCCCCGGGAGGAAGAGGCACCUCAAGUGCCAAAACCUCCCCUGGAGGCCCCAGAUCCACCCUCCCGGCCUCUCCCGCCCCAGAGCCUCGAGGGGCUGCAGCCAGCAGGCCCUGAGACGGGGAGCCUGGAGCGGGCCCCCAUCCAGAACAGCCCCUGGAAGGAGACGAGUCUGGACCACCCCUACGAGAAACCCAGGAAGUCUUCCGAGGCCGGAAGCGAGUCCAGCAGCCCGGCCAGCACCCCGCAGGAUGGGCCGAGCGCCUCCAGCCUGUGGCUACUGGAGCCCGCCUCCUACUGCGUGGUCCCCAUCCACAGUGUUCCUGGGCAGCGGCAGGGCCGUACCAGUGCCCCGGCCACCCCUGACAUGCAGGGCAGGAGGGGCCAUCCGCAGCCCCUGAGGAGCGACCCCUUCCGCGCAGGCCCCGACGGCCGGGGUCGUAGCGCCCUCCCGCGGCGCCGCCCCACUUACUACACGGUGACGGCACCGGAGCCCUGCUGUGCCCGCCCCGCACCCGCGCCGCACGCCACCUGCCACUCGUGCUCCGAGGACAGCGGCUCCGAAGCGUCCAGCCUGUCGCACCCCACGCCGCCCGGCAGCAGCAGCCCCGACGCGGGCCGCGGGCUCAGCAAGGCCGCCGUGUCCGAGGAGCUCAAGUCGUGGCACGAGCGGGCCCGGCUCCGGAGCGCGCGCCCCCACUCGCUGGACCGCCAGGGGGCGUUCCGCGUGCGCAGCCUGCCGCCCGGUGCCGACAACUUCGUGCGCGCGCCCGCCCCGCGCGGACAGGUGCCCACGGUGUGCGUGCUCCGGAGAUCACCUGAGGGGGUCCCCGUGCAAGUUUUUGUACCUGAGAAUGGCGAGAUCAUGAGCCAGGUGUAACCCCGGGCUGCAGACGCCCCCCGGCUGGCUGAAGAAACUGUUUCCCAGCGGGGCUGGGGCCGUGACCGCCCCCUCUCCUCGCCCUCUUCAGCUCCCUUCCCCCAUCGCAGGUCGAUGACCUGGAGCUGAAACUUUUUUUUUAUCAGUUUUCGUUCAAAAGCCCUGGCCUGAGGAUUUAUGUUUGUGGUUUGUCUGCACCAUCCCUGUGAUAUAAGGAUGCUUUAUUCCCCAGAGACUGGCCUACUGGAUGUGAGGCCUUGCCUCUGGCUGGUGGCAUCUCUCCAUGUGCCAGGUGGGUGGCAGGGGAUGCCUGGAGCAGAGAGGGCCACGGAGAGUCCCCCCAGCACUCUGGAGAACAGCCCUCCUCCCCCACUACCGCUGGGGCGGCACCCCUCUACCCAGUUGCCAGCACCCCGGCUGUCAGGUGCAGGGCUGGUCGCAUCCUGGCCUCUCUGUGCUCUGUGAUGCACGCGCGAGGGCGGGGUUAAAGGUCAGUGUGUCCCGGUGGAGUCUUGUCUUCCCAGGCCCUGGUUACUGUGCACCUGUGUCCUGAGGCCCCCAGCACUGACCCAGGCCCAGGAGCCUCGGGUCCGAAGCCUCUCUGAUUGGGAGCAUCAGGAGGCCCAGGCUGGGGCUGGCUACCUCCUCUGGGCCCCGUGAAGACUUGCAGGCCCCUGCCCCUUGACGUCUUUUUGUUGUAGUCCCAAGAGCCAACACGGCACACGUGCUUUAAGAAAGAUGCCCCUUUUGGCAUGUCCCCGGGGCAGGAGUGUUACUGCUUCUCCCCACCCAUGUGCCUCUGUCCUGAGACCAGAUCUUCUUGAAGGAGGGCAAGUCCUGGCUUUACAGACAUGGGACACUCACCCUGCAGGUGUCACUGAACUGUCCUAGCACUGAGACUUGAGGCCUGGCAGCUGGCUGUGCCAAGCUGAUCUGUGGUCCCGGGAUCUUGUCCUAGUAGGGUCUCUGCUACCUGGUCAGAACCGCAAAUGGGGACCCUGCUUGCAGGAGAGAGCCGCUGAGUCAAGGCCAGGAGGGGCGGGGCGCACUAGGCUGACUCUGCCCAUGUGGCGUCCUCCGUCUGCAGGGUGGAAGUGGGGGAAUUAGGCCCCGAGAACAUCCUGACCUGGAUGAGACCCACUUCUCCCACUGCCUGGGCCAUCUGGCUGAGGGGUCAGGAGGAGGGAGGGGGCCUGCGGGGAAGCCUGCAUCCCUGCCCUUCCUGGUCUGGGGCCACCUGGGCACAGUCACCCACCCCCUGGUCCUCGUGGAAUACAGCACUCCUUGGGUUAGCACUCCACAUACCUGCGCGCCCCGCAUGUUAACUUAUUGCUCCCAUGUGAUGCCCGGGGCACCUGAGAAGCAGCUGUGUCCUCGGCUGUGUGGCUGGAGCUGUGGGGUUCUGUGCCAGAUACUCCAAUAAACUCUGUGCUUUGUGAGGCUGA